AUGCGCAAAGCAACCAUUCGCAUUCUUGCUGGACGUAGAAGCUCACAAGAGUGUGGUACUCACCUUGCCUCCGGUUUUGAAUUUGAUCCGGAAGCAGUCUCGGCAAAGUCCCGGCCUCACGCUUCCGUUUAUGCACGGCACCACCCUUCUGAACGUUCUAUUGCCAUUCGCAGAACUAAUAUUGUGCGUUAUCUAAUUAACAAAGCAUCGCUUACUGAAGCGAGUUUAGCAGGAAGUUUGGGGACGACCGAUUUAAUCACAUUACCUAAAUUUCGUAGACAAGUAGUUGUUCUUCCUACAAAUGAUGGCUAUACAAAGUGCUACGUCGAAGCACCUCAGGUUUCUGUGGAACACGAGAAUCCUAACGAGGUGCUAAUGGUAACCCCACAGGACCUUUCAGUGCAGUACGUUUAUAUUUCUCUUCCUGUAAAUUUGUAA